AUGGUACGUUACAGAAGGCAGAGCGGCCAGCAGACGGGGUGUGCAGAUUCCACAGACUCGACCCCUCCGUCUCGUCCCAGACACCACAACCGCAUCUCCACAAAGAACAAAAGCCACACAUACAAGCACAUAGCUCACAGCAGUCAACAGUUGCGGCAUGCGAGGGACACUGACGAAAGUCAGAGAAGGGGAGACAAUACAUGUGUAAUAGCAGUUGAUGUUGCCUACGCUGACGUAGCCGCCGGUGUUAGCGCUGUUACUUCUGAGGAACUAGACCUACUGACACAAGUUGCUGCACUAAAGAAACGGUUGCAGUGCAGAAGGAGAAGCACGAUCUCGCCGCUUCAGCAGCAGCAUCUGCAUCAGAGGCCGCAGCGCCCUAGCGGGCAUGAACCGCCGAUAUACCCGGAACACCAGCCAAAGCUUCCGCAGCAAGUAUCUCACCAGCUGCCGCUCUCUCCCGGGCAGCUCUCGUGGGAUCGUGUUUCCGGUUCACCCGAAAAAGAACGGGUAGCAAGAACAGUAGGAAGGCCGGGGUGCCGGUGCAGCCGCAGCAGCUGUAGAGAACCAGCGCCAGCCACCACCGCUACACACUCAGCCCCGAGCCCCCUCCACGUGGCAAGUGUCUUGAUGACGGCACCUCCUGGAAACUCCACCAAGCAGCAGGGACGGGAGCAGCAUCUGUUCCGGCGGCGGCCCGGAGAUGCGUCUGCCCAGUUACAUAUGCAGGAACUCCACGGGAAGCGUUUACAGCCUUUUAAGAUGGCACAUCCGCAAGCGGCUAUACCGCAGCACACCGCAGCACGCCCUGCUGAAGGAGGGCACCGGAACAGAGUUGUAGCUGUCAGACAUGAUGCUUCCUUUGCUGUUCCUUUAGUUCUGCGGGAGUGGAACAGGCUCCUGCCAGCAGAAAAUGAUCAGAGCUGCAGCACCAGAGACUUCACUGGCAAAACUUCGGAUAUAGAAACACAUCCAAAAGUGGCAUUUGCAGCAGCAGCACGAACCGCAAGAACACAAUCAGCACUUGCAGCAACAACAGCAGCAGUCCGCGCUACCUGGAACUUCAUCAAUCCUAUGGAAAGUGUUGCUCAGGGUCGACAGGGACGAACUGGUUGCUACUGCUUUGUUGUCAUGGCCGUUUUUGUCCCUGCUGCUGGGUUUUGCAGCGACAUGUACUGUGGAUGA